AAGGCUUUACACAGUCAUGGAAGGCGUUAGAGGCAAAAACCGAGUUACAUCCUCCAUCAUGCACGCAUCCUGCUUUAUAUUCCUCUGUCACCUGUUUGCCAUCGCUGGUGCCACUAAGAGCGGCAUUGUGGGCGGUAAGGUUGCAAAGCCUCAUUCCAGACCCUACAUGGCAUCGCUGCAGGUCCGUAGACAUCAUACAUGCGGUGGGAUUCUAAUUCGGAAGGACUUUGUUCUGACUGCAGCACACUGCAAACAAGAGGAGGCCAUGACCGUGGUACUUGGAGCUCAUAAUAUAUCAAAGGAGGAGAAAAGUCAGCAGAGGAUCAAAGUGGCAGAGUACUAUCAGCAUCCAAAGUACAAACCAAAAAAAUUCACUUAUGACAUCAUGCUACUUAAGUUGAAGACCAACGCCAUGUUGAACAAGUACGUGAAGACCAUCAGACUACCUAAGAAGGAAGGCAAAAUCCCGGCCCAGAUCAAGUGUAACGUUGCUGGUUGGGGCAGAACAGGAACCAACGAGCCUGCCUCUGAUGUCCUGAGGGAGACCACAGAAAAAACACAAUUCGACAGCGAGUGCAUAAACACAUGGAGGGAAUCCUUCUCUCGUCAGCAGAUGAUAUGCACUAAAUUUGACAAAAAGACGGGGGGGAUUUGCCAGGGGGAUUCCGGCGGACCGCUUAUGUGCAACAACCUGCCUCAGGGUAUUGCAGCCUACACUUCGGAAGAGGAUUGCAACAAUCCCAGUUAUCCUCAUGUCUUCACAAAAAUCAACUUCUUCAUCCCCUGGAUCAACAAUGUGAUGCAGAAGCCGAGGGGUGCUGCAUAAGAUGACAUUUCAGCCUUGACCUCAGUACAGCCUUGUUGUUUCUUUAUUUUUGUGCAAUGUAUAUUCAGCUGAUUAAAGGCCUUAAUUUGAUGAGAUUUGUGGAGGUUUUACAUUUGAAAAAA